AUGUUCUUCAAAAUCAUUGCUGCCGCCGCGUCGGCCCUUGCUUGCCUGUCUGCUGCUGCUGCAGCUCCUGUCCACAGCCGCGCCUCGUCUUCGGCCGUGAUUGAAGGAAGCUACAUCGUCAGGCUGAAGGAGAAUGUUGCUACCGACACCCACAUGUCCUGGGUCAGAGGUAUCCACGCCAGAAGCAAUGGCAAGAAUGACCCUGCCGGCGUCGAGCGCGAGUACAACGGCCCGGCGUUCCGGGGCUAUGCCGGCCCGUGCACGGGAACCUAUGCCUACAUUGUUGACAGCGGCGUGAGCACGGCGCACUGGGAGUUCCGGGGAGACAGAGCAGCGAAUAGCGUCGUUCUGGCCGGUUUCGCCUGGGCCGUCAACGACAUCAUCUCCAAGAACAGGCAGGACAGGUCCGUCAUCAACCUUUCGCUCGGCGGCUCGUACUCGCAGGCGUGGGACGACGCCAUCGAGUCCGCCUUCUCCAACGGCGUGCUGAGCAUCGUGGCCGCGGGCAACGGCCAGGUCGACGCCCAAACAACGUCUCCUGCGUCGGCGCCCAACGCCGUUACCGUCGGCGCGGUGGGCAGGUACGGCACCGCCCUGGACCUGUUUGCGCCGGGCGACAACAUCUUGUCGGCGGGGAGCGGCAGCGACUCUGCCGUCAGGCUCGACUCCGGCACGUCCAUGGCCACGUCAUACGUGACCGGGCUGGCCCUCUACGCCAUGUCUGUCAACGGCGUCCGGGGGGCCAAGGCUGUCACCAGCCACCUUAUUAGCAACUCGGGCAAGAAUGUCAUUACGGGACCCCUGCGUUGCUCUCCAAAUCGCCUGGCGAACAACGGCAACACCAUUCAGCGCACGAUUGCGAGAUAG